AUGGAGCACUGUGAGUGGGUGAUUGAAGGUGCUGCGCCCUUAGGAGUUCUUUCGAGUGAGGCGGAUUAUCUCUCUGUGGCUACUGGAUUAGCAGUUCUCGGACACUUCUAA